CGCGUAUGUGGGUGAACUGCAAACAAUUAAAAAAUGGGACAGUCCUCGAUCUGGCCGGUUGGCCUUUGACCUUACUAAGGUCACUAGCUCAUAGAUUAGGCGUGGUUUUCAUGAAAAGAUGGGUGUGGUGGUCUGGUCCCCACACUCGCGCAGAGCAGAUGCAGAUGGAGGACGGUUUGCAAGAAAGAGAAGACAUCCUAGCAGCCAGGGAGACAGAGUUUGCUCAUACUCAAGGGGUGACCUACCUGGACCAUGCUGGGACCACCCUCUACUCGAGUGUACAGUUACAGUCCUACCACUCUGAUCUCAGAUCUCAUCUCUAUGGCAAUCCGCACAGUCAGAAUCCGAGUAGCAAGCUCUCGACAGAUGUCAUCGAACAAACUCGCGAGAAAGUCCUCAACCAUUUCAAUACCAGCCUCUCACAAUACGAUAUUGUAUUUACGUCAGGUGCUACUGGUGCUCUUAAUCUACUAGCUGAAUCAUUUCCAUGGACACCAGCUGCAAAUAUACCUGAGCUCAAUACAAGGAGAAGUACCAUUGAGGUCCGUUAUCUACCGAAUUGCAAGAUAUAUACUGGCGAUAGUUCAAACUCUCAGGCUGCUAAUAGAAAUAAGGAUAAAGUGUCUACCCACACUGGAAGUGUAUUCUGUUACCUUGAGGACAACCACACGUCUGUGGUGGGAAUGAGGGAGACUGCAGCUACUCGUGGUGCUAGCAUCGUGUGUACCAAUCCUGAGAAUAUAGUUACAAAUCCGGAACUCAGUACAGCUACAAAUCUUGCGAAAGGAAAAGCAUCAAAUUCUGCCUCAAAUUCUAUCUCAACUAAUAGUGAUGAUUCUAUGCAGCCACCUCUCCAUCUCUUUGUUUUCCCCGCACAGUCAAAUUUUUGUGGGCGCAAAUAUCCUCUAAAGUGGACGCACCAGAUACCCACUGGACAACUUGUGUUUGAGACCAUCCCAUCACCUCCUGGCCGCUGGCUGGUUGCCAUGGAUGCAGCAUCACUCGUAUCAACCAGUCCGUUGGAUCUGUCUUCGUAUCCAGCGAAUUUUGUGGCGAUUUCGUUCUACAAGAUGUUUGGAUUUCCGACUGGUCUUGGUGCUUUGCUUGUACGUAGAGACUGCUGUGGAUUGCUACGGAAGGGUUACUAUGGCGGUGGUACUGUGGCUGCCACUGUGAGCAGGGAAAGGUUUCAUGUACACAGAGCACAACUCCAUGAGAGGCUGGAGGAUGGGACUGUGUCUUUCCUGAGUAUUGCCGCUCUGUCUCACGGCUUUGAUGCUCUCACUCGUAUUGGCCGAAGCAUGGAGGACAUCUCAACACACACCUUCACACUAGCACAGUAUGUGUACACUUCUCUAGCCCACCUUCGCCAUAGCAAUGGCUCUCCUGUGGUCAUCGUCUACUGUCACGGCAGAUACGCUGAUCCCUCACAACAAGGACCCAUCAUCAACUUCAACGUGCUCAGAUCUGAUGGACGUGUGGUUGGAUAUAGCGAGGUAGACAAAUUGGCUUGUGUUUACGAUAUUCACUUGAGGACUGGCUGCUUCUGUAACACUGGAGCAUGUAUGAGGUACCUGGACGUCAGUGCUGAAAGGGUUAAAGAGCAUCUGAAGGCUGGCCACGUGUGUGGGGACAGUGUGGACCUGGUCAACGGAGAGCCCACUGGCACUGUGAGGGUAUCCCUGGGAUACAUGUCCACACUACACGAUGUUCAGACUCUCUUGAGCUUUCUGAAAACUUGCUUUGUGGAUACUCAUACAGAGACAGUGGGAGGUGCUCCUAGUAUCAUGCCCAGGAGAGAACCAGCGGAGCAACACUUGACUGAGAAUCAUGAGAUGAGCAAUGGAGACUCCAUUAUGCUCAGACUAGGAGAUCAUAUUGAGGCCUUUGAAAAAAACAGUGGCCUCCACGAUGUUGGUCACCUCUCUCAAUUGACCCUCUAUCCAAUCAAGAGUUGUAACGGCCAAUCAGUGAGCAGCUGGCCGAUGGGGACGAAGGGACUGCUCUAUGAUCGAGAGUGGAUGGUGGUAGACGAGAGGGGGGCGGGGCUUAGCCUCAAACAGGAAGUCAGGCUCUGUCACGUCAAACCAGUCGUGGACUUGCUCUCUGACACACUCACACUAUUUGCAACUGGGCAGCCUCCUCUUGUGAUAGGGCUGGGUCCGGAUACUGGGGCGUGUUCUGGUCAUGUGAGCACUCGUGUGUGUGGAGAUAGAGUGAAGGGUUUGGACUGUGGGGACGAAGCAGCCGAUUGGCUAUCCACGGUUCUAAACAGACGUUGUCGACUCUUGAGGCAAAAUCCACAAGCCCAGCGACUAUCACAGAAACCAAUUGACCCCCAUAACGAGAGGGCCACCCCAUUGUCCCUGGCUAACGAAGCGCAGUAUCUCCUCAUCUCUGAGACAAGUGUCGAGUAUUUGUGUUCUGCCGUGCACGAGAGAGGUCGUUAUGACAACUUGGAGGUGGCUGGUUGCAUCACUCGAUUUCGACCCAACCUUGUCGUGAGUCCGUCUGUUGCUAGUGGCAACGGUUGCUUGGAGCCGUACGCUGAGGAAGAGUGGGAGAGAGUGAAUAUCGGUGGAGCUGGUUUUAAUGCCAUUGGUGGCUGCCGUCGGUGUCAGCUGGUGUGUGUGGACCCCACUGAUGGUGGGCGGAGUCCCGAACCACUCAAGACUCUCAUGGAGCUAAGAGGAAGUAAGGUAAUCUUUGGAAUAUAUCUCACAAGAAAUGCUGAGACUAGCUUGAUAUAAAUUUUUUUAUGACAAUCAACAAUAAUAAUUAUUUUUAUUUGUCACGAACAGCAAUAACAACAAGACUAUACACUUAAAAUGCAAUUAUUAUAAUUAUGUAAUGCACAAAAUUAAUAUAUUUUUUGAGAAACGACA